AUGGACAGAUCUCAUUACUUCCACAACUCUUAUCGCCAUCCAGUUUGCCGUUCAUGGCAUUCUUCCUCAUCUUUAAAAGACACUAACCUGAUUUUGCCAAUUUUUGUCACAAACACUCCUGACCAGAAAUCAGAAAUUGCAUCAAUGCCUGGAAAUUUUCACUAUGGCUAUGAUCGUGUAGUUGAAGAACUUCGUCCAUUAAUUGAAAGAACAGGCCCACGACUGCGUGCUAUAAUGCUAUUUGGUGUUCUCCAGCCUCAUGAAAAAGAAAUCAAAGGAAAUAGCUUUAAAAAUUCCCCUGUGAUACCAGCCCUUGAAAGACUAAAAUCUGCAUAUGGGCAAAAAUUGCUGCUAUGUGUUGACAUCUGUUUAUGUGGUUACACAACGCAUGGCCACUGUGGGGUUUUACUUGAAGAUGGGACUAUAAACUUAGCUGAAUCUCAAAGCCAGCUUGCUGAAAUGAGCGUUUUAUUUGCUCAGCAUGGAGCUGACGUUAUUGCGCCAUCUGAUAUGAUGGAUGGAAGGGUUUUUUACAUAAAAGAAGCAUUAUUACAAAAACAAAUUUUUAUCCCAAUUUUAAGCUAUUCAAGCAAAUUCAAAUCAAGCUUUUAUGGGCCCUUUAGAGACGCUGCUAAUAGUGCACCUGCCUUCGGAGACAGAGCUGCUUAUCAGUUACCUUCUGCUUCAAGAGAACUAGCUAUUAGAGCUGCUCUUAGAGACAUAGAAGAAGGUGCUGAUUUUGUUAUGGUGAAGCCAGCUAUGCCUUAUUUAGACAUUAUUAGAGACCUCAAAAAUACAGUCCAAGUCCCUAUUUGUUGUUAUCAGGUAUCAGGAGAAUUCGCCAUGAUUUAUCAUGCAGCUCAGGCUGGAGGAAUUAAUUUGAAAGAAGUAGUAUUAGAAAGCAUGCAAGGAUUUUUAAGGGCUGGAGCACAGAUCAUUAUUACUUAUUUCACACCAAGUUUACUCGACUGGAUAGCAGAAAGUUAUAAUUCUUAA